AUUCCUCCAUAUACAUGCAUUCAAAUAACCGUUCACCUCACGAAGCAGCAAACACAACAACAACUCUACCUAAACCACAUGAUCAGUGCUAAUUAGUAACCACGAGAUUCUCAAAAAAGCAUCCUCACAGCACUGAUACACUAUAAAGAAAGCCUUGAUCAGUGUAAGGAUGUUGUCAGGCGGUCAAUAACGCGUGUGAGUGAGUGAAGGAUUGAUUGAUGUGUCCUGCUGGUCUCCUCCCCUCAGACGCGCGCAUCAUCCAGCGCGUCUCCAGAGCGCGUCUUCAGUCCGCAUCCGAGCGUCAUUCAGCGCAGCAUCUCGGGCAUUCGUUCUGUAGGAAUAUACGGUCACUCGCUGUUGCUUUUUCUGCUCCGGCUCUGCGCGUCUCCAGACUCCGGGUUUUUUUCGGGGGUCGUUAAAUCUGGAGGUGAGGACCCGGGGAUGAGCUUCGGCAUGACGGGCUGCGGGUUCGGUUGGGCGGUGAUGCUGCUCGCGCUCUGGAGGCCCGCGACCGCUUGUCCGGAGCUCUGCACGUGCACGGGUUUGCGGAUCUCCUGCGUGGACGCGGAGCGCAGUAUUAUGGCUUUCCCCAAGCUGGAGUCCGAGGCGGACAUGGAGAACGUCACUGACAUAUACAUUGCAAAUCAAAUUAGUUUCACGUCCAUUAAUGAAAGAGAUCUCGAAUUUUACCGCAGCCUCAGAAACCUAACCGUCAUAAACACCAAGCUGGCAUACAUUGCCAGGCUGGCCUUCCAGAGCAACCCGAAACUACAAUAUCUGAAUCUCAAGGAGAACAAUCUGUCCAAACUAUCCUGGAGGACGUUUCGUCAUUUAAACAUCUCAUAUCUGCUGCUGGCAGGCAAUCCUCUGCAGUGCUUGUGUGACAACAUGUGGCUGAAGCAGUGGCGGGUGGAAGAGGCAGAAGAGCUGCUGUGUGUGGAGGAGGGAGGAAAGAGGAGAGCGCUGGCGACACUCACGCUGCCCGACUGCGUCCUCCCCACUGUGACUCUCACGCCCACAAACGUGACCAUGAAGAAAGGGUUAAAUGUGACACUGACCUGCAACACCUCAGGAAUGCCCACUCCAAAUCUCACCUGGACCACCUGCAAGCUAAAUUCAGCGUUCAAGGAGGAAGGCUCAGGUCAGAUAUCAAGGUCGCAGCUCAAACUGACGAACGUCUCCUCCCUGGACAACAAAUGCAGAAUCACCUGCAGAUCGGAUAACAUGGUGGGAGAAUCCGAGGCCUCUGUGGAGCUGGACAUAUUGUUUCCACCUGUAAUCAGCAAGCUGACAGAUGCCAUUCCGGACCACCACUGGUGUAUUCCCUUCAGCGUGUCUGGCAACCCGAAACCCAAACUCAGAUGGUUAUUAGACGAGCAACCCAUUCAAGAGGGCAAGUUCAUCCAUACCAUGAUCCACGAUUACUCGGAGGGCGAAUACCACGGUUGUCUACAGCUGGACAGUCCCACGCACAUCAACAACGGCAUGUACACGCUGCUGGCCAGAAAUCAAUUCGGAGAGGACAGCAAGGCCGUAUCUGCUCAUUUCAUGCAUGAGCCAUGGAACGUUUCCGAACCACUGUAUUAUGAUGCCACUACAGACGACACUCCACUUGGACCUCCUGAGGACAAAGUUGCUGUGUACGUGGUCGUGGGAAUCGCUGCCAUCACAUUCACAGGCUUCGUCUUGAUGCUCGUCAUUCUGAAGUUUGGCCGAAACUCAAAAUUCGGCAUCAAAGGUCCUUCCUCGGUGAUCAGCAAUGAUGAUGACUCCGCCAGUCCUCUUCAUCACGUGUCCAAUGGCUCCAACACUCCCUCAUCCUCCGACAUGAACGCAGACGCUGUAAUCAUCGGCAUGACCAAGAUUCCUGUGAUCGAGAACCCGCAGUAUUUCCGCAGCACCAGCAGUCUGCUCAAGUCUGAUACCUUUGUUCAGCAUAUUAAAAGGCACAACAUUGUGCUAAAGAGGGAACUUGGAGAGGGAGCAUUUGGGAAAGUGUUCCUGGCUGAGUGCUACAAUCUGUCGGCAGACCAGGAGAAGAUCUUAGUGGCUGUCAAGACUUUAAAAGAGGCCAGUGAGAAUGCCAGGAAGGACUUCCACCGCGAGGCCGAGCUGUUGACCAAUCUUCAGCAUGAGCACAUUGUCACGUUCUACGGCGUUUGUGUGGAGAGCGAUCCUCUCAUUAUGGUGUUUGAGUACAUGAUGCACGGCGACCUCAACAAGUUCCUCAGGGCUCAUGGUCCUGAUGCGGUUCUGAUGUCUGACGGACAGAUCCAGCAGCAGGCAGAGCUCACUCAGUCUCAGAUGCUGCACAUCGCACAGCAGAUCGCCGCAGGCAUGGUCUAUCUGGCCUCCCAGCACUUUGUGCACAGAGAUCUGGCCACACGAAACUGCCUAGUCGGAGAAAAUCUCUUGGUGAAGAUUGGAGACUUUGGGAUGUCUCGAGAUGUCUACAGUACGGAUUACUAUCGGGUUGGAGGUCACACCAUGCUGCCAAUCCGCUGGAUGCCACCGGAGAGUAUCAUGUAUCGGAAGUUCACAACAGAGAGUGAUGUCUGGAGUCUGGGAGUGGUGCUGUGGGAGAUCUUUACCUAUGGAAAACAGCCCUGGUACCAACUGUCAAAUAAUGAGGUGAUCGAGUGCAUCACCCAAGGUCGUGUACUGCAGCGACCCCGGACCUGUCCCAAGGAGGUGUAUGACUUGAUGCUGGGAUGUUGGCAGAGAGAGCCGCACACCCGACUCAAUAUUAAAGAGAUCCAUAACCUACUUCUCAACCUAGCCAAGGCAUCACCAGUCUAUCUGGACAUCCUGGGAUAAACAUAAGGAACGUGUGGGACUUCAAGUGUAUUCCUGAAUCUCCGACCCCCCCCUCCUCCUCUAUCCCAUCUAAAACCUUUUCUUCUGCAGCUUUAACUCUGUUGUCCUGCUCCUCUUCUCCAUGUAAACAUCUAGACACACUGGCAGGGAUUCGUGUCCGUGUACGCUGACUAUGACUGAUGUUUUUCUGAACAUUGAAUUGAAAGAAGUGACUACUGUUUAGUUUACCAAGAACAAAAUCCCAGAAUGGUUGACCACCCUAAACGUCUGGACCAAGUUCACAGCUGGAUAUUUAAGUACACCGAUCUUAACAACAAAUAGGAAUCAGCAGCUUCACGAAAAACGAACAAAAACGACUAUGAGGAGGAAAAUAAGUACUUUUCUGGACAGAUUUGGUCCUGUCAUCUGAUACAAAGCACAGAACGUGAAGCUAGCAUGGUGAUCAACAGUGACAAACUGCAGCUAUAUCUAUAAGUAUACAUGAUAUGUGUAUAUAGAACUGGACAUUAUGUAGUUUUACAGUUGAGCAACUCUAAUUAAAAGCUUCUGGAAGCUGACGGGAUGUUAUUGCUGCCGAGCUUAUCUGAAAUGGCAAAGUAACCCACUAAAAUGUCUCCAGAACAUAUGUGUUAUUUAUAGUGGGACAAGUCCCACCACUUUUGCCAUUCCCAUCUAUUUUGUCCCACUACUGAAACUACUGGCAAUAGUGUUAUUUCCAGAGACAUCAAUGUAUCACCAGUUGUUGAGUUUGAGUAGUGAUAUGGUGGUGGAAUAAGGGUGUGUUUACAUGACACUUUAAAUGAAGAAACUUUAAAUCAUUUGGUCAGAGUCCGUGUGAAACUGCCAAGUUUACAUGACCUCAGUAAAUGAGGAUUGAUGUCUUACCGCUUUCGAAAUGUGUCUACUUGGGACAUAAUCUUUCUGAACUUGUUCACUGAGAUCACUCGCCAGUGAAGAUACACUGAACAAACGUUUACAAUUUCUUUUCUGAUCUCAAAUUAGUUUCCAACUUCAACUUCAUCGUUUUUAUAUAGCACAUUUAACAGCAAGUUUUGUGGCAAAUUCAUACAAAUUUGUAGUUUAGUCAUAUGAAAUAGUUCGAUUUUAAACAGGAAGCAUGGCACCAAACCCCACCCCUAAGCCCAACCAUCAAUAUGGGGUGAGCAAAUCAUACUAAAUUGUACGAAUGAGAUUGUACGAAUUCGUAUAAAUUAGCCACUAAAUCAAAAAGUUAUGAAUUUCCAUGAGAUUGUGUUGGACUGACCACAAUGUAAAACAUCUCAAAUGUUGUUUUGGUCAUUUUAAAAUAAAAUUUAUUUUAAAUUGUAUGAAUGACAUCGUAUGAAUUUAUAUGAAUUAGCCACUGAAUCAAAAGUUACGAAUUGCUGUGUGAUCGUGUUGGACUGGCCUUGUUGUAAAACAUCUGAAAUGUUGCUUUGGUCAUUCUAAAGUUCAAUUUAUUCUAAAUUGUAUGAAUGUGAUCGUAAGAUUAUACACAAAUUAGUCACCAAAUUGCAGUGAGAUCGUGUUGGACUGACCACAUUGUAAAACAUCUGAAAUGUUAGUUUGAUCAUUCUAAAGUCCUAUUCAAUCUAAAUUGUAGGAAUGAGAUUGUGCGAAUGUAUAUGAAUUAAUCACCAAAUCAAAAGUUACGAAUUGUUGUCAGAUAGUGUUAGACUGGCCACAUUGGUAAACAUCAGAAAUGUUGUUUCCGUCAAUCUGAACUCCUAUUCAUUCUAAAUUGUAUGAAGGUGAUUGUACGAAUGUAUACGAAUUAGCCACUAAAUCAAAAGUUACGAAUUGCCGUGAGAUUGAGUUGGACUGGCCACAUUGUAAAACAUCAGAAAUGUCGUUUCCGUCAAUCUGAAGUCCCAUUCAUUCUAAAUUGUAACAAUGUGAUCGUACGAAUGUAUACGAAUUAGCCACUAAAUCAAAAGUUACGAAUUGCCGUGAGAUUGUGUUGGACUGGCCACAUUGUAAAACAUCUGAAAUGUUAGUUUGGUCAUUCUAAAGUCCAAUUUUUUAAAAUUGUAUAAAUGUGAUCGUAUGAAUACAAUCGUACGAAUGUAUUCGAAUUAGCCACUGAAUCAAAAGUUACGAAUUGCUGUGAGAUUGAGUUGGACUGGCCCUCAGCCAAAGUCUGUCAUCAAAGUGGUUCAGUAUUAUUACUUUUGUUGUAAUUUGUUGUCAAUGUUAUUCGCAAAUGUUUUAUGUUUAAUUCCCAUCUUUGGAUAAAAACAUAGCUAGCUUCCCAUGUGCGAAAAACAGUUCCUACAAAACAUCUGUCAUGUAAACACACCCUUAGUUGUUCUGUACGACGUUUGACUUCUCAUUGUUCACAUUUGAGUUUUGAGCAGACAUGUUUAUCAAAUCAUAAAUUAUUUAAACGAUGCAUAUCCAUAAGCCAUGCCUUGGCCAUUUUGUGACGUCGCAACCAGCAUGUUUGUUUCCCGCCACUAAAUAAACAGCCACAAUUCUCAAGUGUCCAAAACAACAUGCACUACAGAGGGCUUGAUAGAGGAUUCAUUUGAGACGACGUCUUAAUACUAUCAGCUUGCAUUUCUUACAAGAGCUUAAUUACGCAAAGUGGCCGAUUAUGAUGGCGCUGGCUAAAUUACGACCUCUCUCUUUCUCUUUUUCUCCUUCGCCAUGUUUUACUACUGAGUCGAAGCACUAAUGUAGUACUCAAGCUUCGGGUUGUACAACUGCUACAGUGUAAUAUAUAUUUCAUUACAGGACAAAUGUCUCCUAUUAGCAGCAACUCCCCGCGGACUCAUACGUGCUAUCAGUGGGGAGAAAAAGGAGGGAACAGGAUGGAGAGAACGAGACAAGGACAGGAAAAUACUGUUAGAGAGUGAUUAAUAAUAUAAUAAAUAAGAAAACCCACAUUUCUUCCCUUUAUCAUACACAAAAAAUGAUUAUAUCUAUUUAUCACUAUAGAGAUCCUAUCCAACAGGGGACUUCAGUCGAACAAAAAGCCUCCAAAUCAUUUAUAUUGUGAUUUUGCUGGACAUUCAUUCAUUUAUUUAAGGAAUAAUCUUACUGAAUUGUUUUUAUUUAUUUUGUACUUGAGCACUUUUGCAUUUGGUUUUUGCCUGUAAAUUAUGUACAAUUUUAUUUUUUUUUUAUGUUUGAGAAUGAAUGUAGGGGUGAUUUUUUUAAAUCAUGGAACGUAUCGAUAAACAAAAAUGAUGAUGUAAGAUUACAUAUUUUGAGUAAACGGUGAGAAAGCUUUAGGGUAACUGUCCAUAUUAUAAAAAUAAUGAAGGCUUUUUUUUGGAUUGUGACACUAUUUUAUGGCUAUUAGGAACAAUUUGACUUCAAAUCCUCAAUAUUUUAUGUAUUUAAACAGUCAUUCUAAUACAGGUUCACAGCAGAAGAGUGUUUUUCAUUUAAAUAAGCGUCAUAAGACAGCAAAACAAACAAAUAUGAAUAUUUUACAACAGAGAUGCCAUUACUUAUUUUGUGCAUUAAUGACUGAGUCUUUUAUUACAGUGGAAUGAGUUUAAAUCUUUUCUCAGUACUGGCGUGCGGCUGGAAGGGCAUCCGCUGCAAAAAAUGUAUGCUGAAAUAAUUGGUGGUUCAUUCCCUCGUGGCGACCCCUGAUAAAUAAGGGACUUAGGCCCCGUUUACACUAGUGCGUUUUAGUUUUAAACCGGUGUUUUAAAUCAAAAACGAUCCGCGUCCACACUACGCCACCAAAAACGUAUGUCACGUGACCAUUCGUGCACUCUGGGCAUGCGCGUUCUAGUAUAAAAAGAAACCAUGUGUCACGCUUAGCAUUUGGUUAUUGUAAGUCAACAAACGCUGGUUGAACAAUGAAGGCGAUGGCAAAGAAAGCAAGAGAGGUAUUUUUGUGGACAGACGACGAGGUCGAGUUGUUACUAAACGUGACAAAUGAAUAACUGCACAAUGGCGCCUAAAGCAGACAAUAGUGCAAACAACGCUCCCAUUUCUGUGUCCAUGUUGUUGUUUACAGUGAACGCUGGUCUGCUGUCUUCUGGUAGCGUUAAAGCCAUGUGUUAUAGUCAUGUGAUAGGGGCUUGACGAAUAAGGGAAGGAUAGGCAAUGACACAAAAGGCCCAAUCAGGUAGCGAAUCUCAGCAGCCCCGCCUCCAUUUUCAGAUUUCUCCGUUUUCCCUCAUCCACACUGAGACGGAGCAGCAGCGUUUUAGAAUGAAAACGGCCUCGUCAGCGUUUUCUAAAUGCUCCGUUUUUGGCGCUCGAGAAAUCUGGCGUAGUGUGGACAGAUGGCGUAACCGUGGCAAAACUUAUGCGUUUUCGUGUAAACUGGGCCUAAGCCAAGGGAAAAUGAAUGAAUGAGUUCAGAUCUGCUUAGUUCUCAUGUAAAUAAUGCCACAAUCCAAUCUAAACUGAGGAAAACAAUGUCUUGAGAUACUAUUAUGUUUCAGUGGUUUAUAUGAAUAUCGCCUCACGCAAAAAAAAAAUAAAAAUAUCCACAACAAACUGUGACUGCAUAUCAUAAUAUCUUCUUCGACAUGUACAGAUCUACUUUCUGAUGUUUCACGAUGUCUACAAGCUAAAUGCCUUCCCCAAUUAAACCACAUGACAAGCGCUAACCCGGUCAUAUUUCCUUUUGCAUUUCUUUUACAGUUAGACAGUUGAGUUUUACCAUUUUUUUGAAUCAAUUCAGGGUUUGGCAAGAGCGUAUUUAGCUUAGCAUAAAUACUUGAAUCUGAUCAGACCAUUAGCAUCUUGGUAAAAAAAUGAAAGAGUUUAGAUAGUUUUCCUAUAUAAAGCUUUUGUAGGGACGUCGCAGACUAAUGCUGUUCACACCAAAAGCGGCACAUGCAGCUAAAUUGCACAUUUCAUUUGUGCGUAAAUAGAUGGGUGAACAUUUUGAAUUAACUCACACGUCAAAUUCCUUUCACAAUAGACGCAGAUUCGCGUCAUGGGCUUCUAUCUGCCCGGUGGCUUUAGCUUCGUUGCUAAAUUCCUAACAUGGAUUUUAUUGAGAGAGUAGUUGUGCUUUAUGAGCUUUAGGAAGGCUGAAAAAAAACAUAGAUUCAUUUUGUUUGGUCCACUAGAUGCUUUUAGAGGUGCAUCCAGCUCUGUGAGUUGAUAAACUCCUACAGAAACAGAAACUCCUCCAGUGUGAUGAGCUAGGGGAGACACCAACAACAGGCGUUAUGUCAUAAUCACACCCCUACAAGAGCAAGCUCAUGAUUGUUUAAUGCGAUAUGAAUGUCCGCUGAUGUUCAGAUUUUACAACUCUAGCGAUUUGUGCAAUUCGCAAGUUAAGCGCGUCUAAAAUGUAAAACUAUCAACUCACGCCACUUCAUUCCCGCAAAUCGCAUCAUUUGAACCAUUCGCAUCAUUCGCGCUGCCUCAUUCGAACCAAUCGUGUUAUUCGCGCUGACUCAUUCGCACCAAUCAUUUCAUUCGCGCAGACUUAUUAGCACCAAUCGUGUUAUUCACGCAGCCUCAUUCGCACCAAUCGUGUCAUUCGCGCCCACUCAUUCGCACCAGUCGUGACAUUCGAACCGACUCAUUCGCACCAAUCAUGUCAUUCGUGGCGCCUCAUUCGCACCAAUCGUGUUAUUCACGCAGCCUCAUUCUCUCCAAUCAUAUCAUUCUCGCCGCCUCAUUCUCACCAAUCGUGUCAUUUGCGCCGCCUCAUUCACACCAAUUGCGUCUUUCGUGUCGCCUCAUUCACACCAUUAUGUCAUUUGCUGUGCCUCAUUCGCACCAAUGCGUCAUUUGCGCCGACUCAUUUGCACCAAUCAUGUCAUUCGCGCAGACUCAUUCGUACCAAUUGCAUUGUUCGCGCUACCGCAUUCGCAACAAUGACAUCAGAAUGCCUAUUCGAGUCUUUGCUUUGACUUAACAUGCACCAUUAGACUGACGGAAAAUGAAAAGUUGAUAUUUACAACAUGACGCGGUAGUAAAGUUCCUUGAUUAUAUUACACCAGAAUGAAAGUUUAGUUCCUAGCCAUAUUAGCCAAGAAAAUAGCAUUUGUUGUUUUUCCCGUUAGUCUUAAUACAUGAUGUAACUACAGAAGAGUCAAGUUUUGAAUAGGAAACUGAUCAAGAUUCUGAUCAUUUUGCACAAGAUGCUGCUCUAAUCCAAUUUAAUGACCUAUGCUAAGCUAAGCUAAACCUUCUCCUGCCAGACACAGAGAUUGGCUGAAUGGAAUGUUGAAACUCAACUGUUUAACUGUAGGAGAGUUGUAAAAUUAGCAUAAUUUUUAUUUUCUAAAUAAAGUGUUUCGUUAACAUACCAAGGAUUUCUGCAAAGUAUCAAGUAGUGUGUGAUGAUUUCAUACAGUUAAAAAACAUGUCCAAUCAAAUCAAACCCCCUUGUCUGUACUGUACAUGAUUUCUCUGAGCUAUAUGGACCAGUGGAUCUGUCCGCCAUUGUAUUUAAUAAAAGUGUUAUGUCUUACCUCA